AUGGGACAUGUCGAUGUUGUCUUAAUUAGUUGUUUUCUUUUUCUUUGUUCAACCCUCAACAGCACUCAUUUGAACCGCUUUAAUGGAUCAUUUGCUUGUAAACAAUUAACAAGAAAUCCUUUAGAAGUGCUCAUCAAUCGAGGGAGAACGCACAAGUUUGAACAUUUCAUGGGAAGUGAAGUAAAAAAGAGAGUGGGAAACGAGAAUGCAGCUGACAAGACAAGUAAUUUCAAUGUAGGAUUGACGAAACAUCUUGUGCAGGUGAUUUUGGUUAAAAUGUUUUGUGGCUUGAGUGUUGCUGCAUUUAUUGCUGGCUUCAUCAUUUGGCUGACAUUUCAUUUAAUAUUUUCAUUUUGGUAUGAACUCCUCGAGUCCCGCUUAUCUUUAGCAUAA